AUGGGAGAGUUCAGUCUGAGAAAGGUCGUGGACAAGCAGACCCAGGUGGUCAUGGUCAGUUCCACGGCCAUUGCUUUGUAUGGCUACGGUCAAGGCAUGAUGUCCCUCAUCAACACAAAUUACGACUACCUCUACACCAUGGGCAUUGCCGGAAAUUCGGCUUUGGUCGGACUGGUUGUCUCGGUCUACUACCUGGGUUGUGCAUUGGGAGCGGUGCUAGCAUCCCGCUUUGCAGACGGCAAAGGUCGCAAGUCGGGCAUCUUCGUGUGCUUGGCGACAGCCAGCCUGGGAAAUCUGCUAAUGUUCGGCGCGGGCAUGGGACAGAUGGGUCAGAAGGGAGCCCUUGUAACGAUGAUAGGGGGUAGGGUUGUCAUGGGCCUCGGAGUCGUCGUGCCCGUGUAUAGCUCCGAGCUCCAGGAAGACGAUGCCCGCGGCACGGCCUUGGCCCAGGAAUUCCAAGCCAACAUAUUUGGGCUGAACAUGGCGUAUAUCCUCAACGUUGGGGUCACGCAUUCACUGGGCAAAUGGAACUAG